AUGCGGCCGUUCACGCACCUGCGGUCUCUAAACCUCGACUUCGAGGAGGAGAUCAACACAACCAAGGUGCUAGUCCCGUGGGGACAGCUAACAGACUUCAAACUUACGUCGAGCAUUGACUCACACUUGUGCCUUUCCAUCCUCCGUCACUGCAUCAACCUGGAAACCUGCGAGCUGCACCCCAAGACCUAUAAGGACGGAAAAAUCGAGAAAUAUAAACAACCGGUGCGGCUUCCUCAACUCAAGCAGCUCCGUAUCAUCACUUCCUCCGACAUUCCCGCAAUGCUCGUUGACAACUUUCAGUGUCCGGCCCUCCAGGAUGCAUCCUUCCACUACGAUUACGACGAGGAGCGUAACUACAGCUUCUUGCUGUCUUUCAUUGAAAAUUGUCGCGAAACGCUCUUAAAGCUGGAGCUUCCUGGACUCAUAACCGACGAGUUCAUUGAAACGCAAGGCAAUUUGAAUGUUCUAGAAGAGCUCACAAUCACUGGUAGAUUCGGAUGGCCAGAAACCUUCGAGGAUCUCAUGGACGGCCGCGCCGAUAGGCCUUACGAUGCCGGCAUGCGCGCUUUCUUCCAGGAUCUCAAGAGACGGCCCGAAACCCUUCCGAAGCUGAAGAACCACACUCUUCCGGCUUUUGAUAUGACCUUGUACAACACUGAAGAGGAGCUCGAUGCUCUAAUCGAUAAUUAUCGUCGCGGACUUGACUCACUCGAACGGGAGAAAGUCCUUCGUCGAAACCUGGGCCUUAAAAAUCGCCCAUCUCUCAUACAACACGUUCCACCCGAGGUCUUCCUACUGAUAUUCUCGAUGCUCCUGGACAACGAUUCAAGAAACAUGAUUUCCCCAUCGCAAGUGUGCCGUCUCUGGCGCAGUUUGAUCACCGAGACGUCCGCGCUGUGGACGUGUAUCGCGCUUGGUGAUUUCGACGAGGAUGAGGAAUCUGUUCACGCCCACCUCCGGACCUGCAUCCAACGUGCCGGCCCACACCCCCUUUCGCUUUCAAUCAAUCCCAAUAACGACUCCAUGGGCCCGGACACCCUCCUCGAAGCUGUUUUGAAGGUUGCAAGGAAAUCUGAAUGGAGCUCGAUAAGCUAUGUAUCGUCCGAUAUCACCGAAUUUGUCCCUUUCUUCGAUGGCAGGUUCGACCUCGGACAAAUCAGGAGUCUAUCUCUCACAUGCGACGAACGGGCUGGGGAUUCGGACGAGGAAGAGAUUUUCGAGUUGGACCUACCAGGCGGUAUGGUCGACAUGCGGUCUUUCUCGCACCUCGGGUCGCUGAGUCUCCACUUUGUACAGCAAAUCGACACCACCACGCUGCUAGUCCCGUGGGCGCAACUCAGGAACCUUGAACUGGAACCUGACAUUGACUCCAGUGUCUGCCUGUCCGUCCUCAAAUUGUGCAUCAAUCUAGAAAACUGCACGCUACACCCCGACACCGAGGGCGACCUAGAUAUUAUUUACGACGAAGAUUACAAACGUAAGCCGAUCCGGCUUCCCAAACUCAAGCAGCUCCAUCUUUGGACCUCCCAAGUUCCCUCGUUGCUCCCGGAUACUCUCAAGUUACCAACCCUCCGAGACGCAACGUUCCAUUACAGCAGAGAGGAGGAGUAUGGCGACUGCAUUUAUUUGCUAUCUUUCAUUGGAGAUUGUGGUAGAACGAUACGGAACCUGCAACUUCCUGGACUCAUGACCGACGAUUUCAUGCAAAUCCAGGCUGACUUGAAGGUCCUGGAAGAGCUCACGAUCACUGGUCCGUUCGGCUGGCCGGAAAACAUCGAGGAUUACGAAGACAAAAAGUAUUAUGACGAAGGUGUUCGCACUUUCUUCAAGAAUCUCAGAAAACAGCCUGGAAGCCUUCCAAAACUGAAAGUCCUUCGAAUGCUUGGACAGCGCCUCGAGGAGAAGGCCUCCAUGGAGCGCGAGGUUGCACAGUUCAUUGAGUCCCGUCUAUCGGAGCGCAAGGAGUUGGGCCAAUUGAAGGUCUUUUUCAGACUGGAUCAGGAUGCCAGCAAAGAGCAGAGGGAACGAAGGCAAAAAUAUAGGAAAUGGCGGGCCAGGGGUGUUACAAUAGAUUUCGAAUAA